UACGUUAACGCCAGUCGAGAAUUUAAGAAAUAAAUUAAAAUGUGGAAACGACCUUGCUGGCACUUCGUUUCUUUACUCUAUUAUAGCUUUACAACGUUUCGGCCAGUAAUACUGGUCCUCUUCAGGUAAGGAACUUAUACGAGUACCCGCAAAUGUAAGGUUCGUCGAAAUUUAAGAUGUGAAAUUAUGUCAAACGUUAAAGACACCGCGGUACAUUGUGUCUAGUCAUCGGCGUUAGAACACAGAAUAGACCCAUAUAUAAUUUUAGAUAACUCCAUCUUACCUUGAUGUGGCGUAACGGCGGAGAUGAUCGAUUCGAAGAACGUCGCUUCCGCGAAUAACGCGAGAGAUCCCGCCUCCGAUUCUCCUCUGAUCACGUACGGAAACAAAAGCGUAGAAUUGAGAGCUAUGAAGGACGCAAUAAGUGUGUACCAGAACAGCUUUGCGGAGAAGGAAAAGAUACUGGAGGCAGAACAACGAAAGCUGGAGGAAUUAAAUUAUCAAGCGUGGUCGCUGGAGGAUUCCUUGUGCGAACAGGUUUGGCAAUUCUCGCACGAGCACGAUUUCUGUGCUAUCUUUCAAUAUCACCCCUUCGUCAUGAACCGUGCGAGGCUAAGGAGCAAUUGUAAAGACGAUGAGGAAAACAAUUGCGAGUUGAUCGAUCUCAUGUGUGAAAUCGAGGCUAUCGAGGCGGAAAUAAUUGAUCUUAGUCAGAGAACAAAUGUAAAACAAAAGGUGGAGAGCGCCUUGACGAAAUUACGAAGGUUACAAUUAAUCUCGGAUGAUAUUACAGAAUUACUGAGACUGAUACGUCCUUCAGAGUCUGUGUGCAAACUCGAGAUAUCGAUGCCGGUAUACGAUGAAAUAAGUUCUAAUGAUGAAAAUAAAGUCAAACGUAAGAAUGACCCAGGCGACACAAAACAAAUGAAGAUCGACAAGUCGCAUUUUGUGCCUAAGAAGAAAGUAAUGUUUACGACUCCGAAGAAUUAUCCUCAGUUGUCCCUUGAAAGAAGUAUUGUGUUCUCUGCGAAUACGCUCACGAGCAACGAGACGUUAAAAAAUUUCACGUUAAAGAAACGCAGCGAAAUUUCCAUCAGAUUUCAAGAGUACCGUGAACAUAAGUAACAAUUAACAAUUAAAAGCUGACUCUUUCAACUUCUUGGUAAAACUUAAAUUACAUGUAUGUUUUAUAAAUUAUAUGUCUUUGUCUAAUUUGAAAGAAAACUAAAGACAUAUGCAUAUAUUAUUUAACCGAUACUUAACUUACCAAUAAGUUGGAACAAUCGCCCCUACGGCCCGGUUUUUUAAUUUUCUGGUUAACUGUUAAUCAGAAGUUAGUCGACUCCCCAUCUUUUUCUAUGUUAUUAUCUAAGAAGAGACAGAUAAUCGACAAACCUGGUUUAUCUGGUUAACAAUUAGACUAGAAAAUGUAAAACCAAGCCUAAGACAAGUACAUUCGUACAAAUUCGAUAAUUAAAGGUGACCCAGGAAUACUUUGAUUCUAGAAUCAAAUGUUAACUUAAAGAAAAUACGCGACAGUUUUAAACCAACGUCUGGAGAAUCGGAGAAAGAUCGCGCAAAGCGGAGAAACGUGUGAAUUUCGGGAAAAUAUUUUAUAUUUACGUCUUUAGAAAUAUUUAUACAGCGUCCCGCAUAUUGUACAUUGAAUUACAUUUAAUAUUACAUUCUUGGAAUUGUACACAAUUAACACGGUAUCGUGUGUUGCGCAAUAGACUAUUCGACAAGCGUUUCUUUUUCUCUCGGAAUAGUGUACUGGGCGUUCGCAAACGUCACGGUAAAUUUCUCGUUUGCAAACCACGUGGACUAUGUGCCGUGUUUAUCAGUUUGUUUUGUUUGUUUUAAAACUGUUUAACAGUUUAUCGCAAUGGAUUAAGCGUAACGUAUCAAUACGAUCUUGGCAACUUACAUGUGAAUGGCCCGAUGGAUGUUCCACAUGCGAAGACUUUCAUUACAAUAUCUAAAAACUAAUUUGUUAAAACGGUCGCCACGUCACGUCGUUCGGAUAAUAUCGUAAAAACAUUAAUCAAUCUAAUUAACGUACUCUUUAAACUUGUAGACUUUACGUGUAGAAUAUACCAAUGUUCGUAACAUUUAAUUAUAUAAAUUUUCCUUGGAAACUUUCCUUGUUAAACUUGAAAGUGCACUCCAAGAUUUAAGAAAUUUUUAAUAUCUUUUAAAAAGUUAUUUAUUUUUAAUUUAUAUAUAUAUAAAUUUAU